GUUCGGUAUCUGCGUGGCGACGACCUCUGUACGUGGUUCCCAUAGAAACCAACGUGUAAACGAGGAAAGUAAGUCAUCUGUGAAGAGCUGAGGGAUUGCCUGUUGGGAGUUUCCAACACAGCUGUCAUGGAGAAACAAUUUAUUUAGCCUGUACAUGACAUAAUCAUGAAAUAGUUAAAAACAAAACAAACAAAAAAAAGGCUAGGCCUGAAUGAUGUCUGGUUAAUGUUCAUCUCAGUUAUAUGAAUCAGCACUGGUCUACAGAGAAGGAUUUUGAGAGAUGACCCACCUGCUGGGCAGACAGGACUGUGUGGACAGCCUGCGGAAGGAUGUGACUGACCUCCAGGGCACCAUCCUGGACGUGAUGUCCAGAGCGGGCCCGGCUCGGUUCCCCUCCUGGAAGUUUCCUGACAAGGUGUCCUGUGAUCUGGACCUGGUGACGCUGCUGGAGCACUAUGACUUCGUGGAGGGUGAUGAGGAGUUCAGCCAGCAUUCCCAUAUUGCGUUGUUAGAGCUGGUCGUGGACAGGCUCCUGUUGCUGCUGCAGUCCUUUACACGCUACACUGACGUCCUGCUAGCAGAAGCGAAAGGAUCCUCCCAGUCCAGGGUUAUUGGGCCCUCCAUGUCCAUAGGACUGGUAGUGAAGAGGUACUGGAACAGCCUUCUCAAAGUGGGAAACUUGUACCAGCACACGCUCAGAGAGAGAAAAUCUGCAGAUAAAGAGGCAUCUAAACUUCAAAUGAAGGCUGCCGAGCAGGAGUCUUUGAGGGACAAGGCAAAUAGCUCUACCGCCUCUUUAAUCAGAGCUAAGGACCAGACCAGCACCCCGGUACCAGAUUCCUGCGCUAGAGACUCUCGCACUGUUGGCUGCCAGACUCUGGAGUCAUCACUGGUGCCCUGCGAUGCCUGUGCCCGCUCACAGGCCAGCCUGAAGGAGGUCAGCAAUACCAUCAUCAACAUCUGCCAGAGCCAGAAUCUGCCCUCCUCCCUGUGUCGCUUCAGGGAGGCAGUGCAGGGGACACUGGGAGAGAAGCCGCUCUCCUCUACAGAUAUGGCGUACUGGGCAUCCGAGCAGAGCAAGGACUUGGCACGCAUCAAUAAACACUUCGGCGACCUCCUUAACCUGGUCAGUCCUUUGAAGGAGAGCCUGGCAGCCUCGGAGAAGAAGCAGGCUGAGCUGAAGCAAAGCGUGGAGUGCUUCAAGGGGAUCCUGCACAAGGAAAAGGGGGAGCAUCAGAUAAGGAUUCAGGAGUUUCAGAGCAGGAUGGAGGAGAUGAGCAUGAAGAAUGAAUGGGCUGUGAAAAAACUGGAGGGGGAACGAGAGGAGCUGAGGAAAGGUACCUUGUUUCUGGAGGAGAGAAACUCCAGACUGAAGGAAGAGCUAACGUCGCAGCAGGCCAGUAUCGAUGAUCUUGAGCGGAAGCAGGAGGCGCUGCUGGAGGAGAUGAGGACUCAGCUGGUGGAUAAGGGUGUAGUGCUGGUCCUGGAAGAGAGAGUCCGAGGGCUCCGCACUCAGCUGGACAGCAGCUCCGCACAGCUCUCCAGCACCAUCACAGAGCUGGACAAAGAGAAGGCCAAGUUCCACAGCAUGUGCAGGCAGCAGGAGUCCCUGCAGCUCAAGCAGAGGGCCCUGCUGCAGCGAGUGGAUGCUCUGGAUCAGGAGUGUGAGGAGCUCAAGAGCAGCCUGGGGGACCAGGAGGAGCACCUCAGCCAGCUUAGUGAAGAGAGGGCGGUGCUGCAGAGCCAGCUCGCACAGCAGCAGGUCUUGACAGAAGAGCUGCAGCAGGAGAAGCAGAGGCUGGAGCAGUCUGUGAUUGAGCUGCAGAGGAGCAUCUUCCAGCUGGAGGGACAGGUCCAGGAGCAGAAGGAAAGGGAGAAGCUGCUGGUGUCCUUCCCAGACCUCUGCGAUACAUCCCAGUGUCCACUCGAGAGUACAGGCGAUGUCGUCACAGACAUGCAGAAGCAGCUGCAGGCUAACUCUCUCCGCAUCAGUGUUCUGGAGGAGGAUAACUCCAGGCUUCGAAACAGCCUAAGCAAGCUGAGAGAGAGUACACCGCACAGGGAGUACCAGCUAAUUCCCCAGAAACAACUCUGGUCACAUUCAAGUGCCAGCCAGAAGCAAGACAAUCUGGAGAAUACAGAGCGCAGCACAAAAGACUCCAACUCAUCCAUCAUCAGUUGGGAAAAUGAAGGCACUAUAAAAAUGAGCACCUCUGCAGGAUCCCCAGCUGAACGCUGGGAGAAAAGGACUCCUGCAGCAGCAGGGGGAUACAGACUGGCCCCUACAGUGUCUUUCCCUGCACAUUCACUACUCAAGGGAGCUGCACUUCAGGGCAGGAGGAAAUAGCACACCACCACCUGAAACCAAAGUAACAGAUGGAUGUACACAGUGGCACACCUUAUAAAUGCAAAUAAAUCAAGGCAUGUAUGUGCAUAAUGAAAAGGAACCAUAGCUUAUAGCAGGGGUGUCAAACUCCUUUCCUGGAGGACUGCAUUGUCUUCUGGCUUUCAUUCCACCCAAGCUCUCAGUUACUUAAUUGGGCUAAUUAUUUGAUGAACUGAACACCUCUUUCCAGGCCUCAAAAUGUUUUAUAGGGAGUGUACCUUGAAUCAAGUACAAUUUUGAAAUAAUCAACUGUAAAAGGCCUUGGAAAAAUAUAAAAUAGGUCAAAUUGAACAAAUAAUUAAAUCAAUUAAGUUAAUUGCAAGCUUAAGUUGGAAUGAAAACCAGAAGACCCUGCAGCCCUCAAGGACUGGAAUUUGCCACCCCUGGCUCAUAGCGAUUCCUUUGGGUAUUUUCAGUGGUCUGCAGUUCCCAGUAUUUUCACUAGGUGUCACACUAAGGAUAACAUUGGCAAACCUGAUGGUACAGUAGCAUUAUGCAGCACCUGUUCCAAGAAUUCUAAGACACCUAUGGUGUCUCAGCAACUAUUUGGACUGCAUUUUAAAAUGAUCAGUGAACUAUAAUAGUCAGCAUCUUUGUUUAAAGCUGCAGUACUUACCUUGCAGAUUAUAGCUAUUGCUCUUUACCACGUUUGAGAUUUUGAAGUGCUGUUGGACACUAUAUGGGAACUGCUGAUACUGCAGACUGUGACCACUUUAGUAGGAAAUGGAUGUUCUGAAAACAUUUACACUGGAUAAAAUAUUCACACUACCUAUAUAGUGCACAUUCAUUUUGAAAACAUGAUUGUGAAAUAAGUGAAUGGAAAUCAUGUGGUCAAGGCAUGUUGACCAUGCAUUAAUUAAGUAGUGUUAAUAUGUGCUAUUUAUACUCCAAAACCAAGCAUGAAUUCAGUGAGCUACAACAUUGUUACCGGGUUGGUCAAUCAAAUUAGAAUCGUAUUGAUGUUUCCGUCAUAUUAAUUCAAUAUGAAUUAAAAAUAAAAAAGUGGUCAAUUCUUAAGCAAUCGUGUUGUGAUAAAUGGAACUUAUAGCUUUAUCCUAUUUUUAAAAGGGUGUGGCAUUGCUAGCCAGUCUAUGCCUGGGUGCAUUCAUUUCAGCUGUAACACAGUUUCAGGCAGGCUUGCAAACAGCUAUUUGAUUGGUCCCUCCCAGUAGGUUAGCCUUUUCAAUUAUUCAGUGGACUCUGCAUUACAGGGCAGGUCUGCUGACAUCAAUAAAGGCAUUAGCAGUAUAGAGAGAUGUAAUCAAUCCCCCACUUGCUGCAAGGUUUUCUGGUUGAGGAGACAGGCACAGUAUUUCAAUUCAGCAGAUGGUGAAAAUUGAAUUUCUAAGUAAUACAAAUUUAGGCUAUGCUGGGUAUAUUGAGGGACGACAUAUUAGGGUUUUCAAAAGUACAUUAUUACAGUUUGAUUCUAGUUAGUUUGUAACUAAGAUUUUAAAUGUAGGUGCCCUUUUUAGUGUCUAUUUGUGGCUAUCUUAUCCGUUGCUGUUGUGUGGCUUGUCUUGUGUGGGUACACUCAUACCCUAUUCAGACUCCCUGUGUAAUGCGUGGUCAUCACUGUUUGGAUGUUGUGGAUGAAGUGAAGCACAUGGUUUUCACAUGAUCGCUUUACAUUUAGGGAGUGGGAAUAGGAUAUCAAUCGAAUCCAGGAAUCCGCAAUUGAGGAAAAUAUCCUCAAUCGAAUUGAACGUAGAGUGCAGACAGUCAGUAAUGAGAUUUUUGUCAGGUUCGAUCAAGUAGAAAUUAUAGUGAAUUCCCUGAUAAAAUGGCCUUAAUGGACCACAGGUCCUGAAUGAGGGAGAUCUUCAAUGGUCUCGAGUUAAAAGGGAAUGGUGAGUCACAAAGAGAGAGCGAUCCUUCCUCAUUAAAAUCAGUGAGUACCUGCAACUUGCCACAGUCCAGGGUUCAGUACAUUUCCAUGCCUUUUUUAUUUUAGAAACCUAGUUCAGCAUUAGCAUAAUAAUGUCUGUAUGCAACUAAAUCUAGAUCACAGCUAACCCACUGAAAACCCGCUUGGCGUUGUCCAAUUUUUAUCACUAGAUGGUUUCUACGUGGUCUGUAAUUGCUUACAAACAGAAUUGAACAAAUGCCUGUCUCUUGAUAAUUUAAUGAUUACUUGAUAUCACUGGUUCUUAAUGCUGUAUGCUGAAAAUAUCUACAAUUAGCAUACAACAUUACCAAGAAACAGAAAGAGUUUAAGUGGCUAUCGCAAAAACAAUCAAUGAAUUGGGACAUAAACACAGAGGGACCACAGUCCCGAGUUACCCUAACAAAAAAAACACUUUUCUGUUUAUACCGUUAAUCAUUUACUCAUUAUGAUAAAUUUGAUUUAGCAAUUAUUUUAGUUUUAUGUAUUAAACAUUGCUGCGGGGAGCUCUGAAUGUGACGUCAAUGCUCCAAGCUAGCCAUUGAAAUAUGAACAAUAAAUAUCCUUUGGAGCACCCACACAUGUAGUAUAAAGGCCCAGGCUGAUUGUGUGAUGGCUAUUGUAUUCUGUUUUCAGAGUUGCUGUGAAUUAAAUUGAAUUAAAGCUGCAAGUGUAAGUACUUGAUAAGUCCCACUUAUUUGGAAAGAGAGAAGCGAAUCUCAAGUAUUGGACAGGCUGUGAUUGCACUAGAACUAACAAGUUACAUCUCCAAUACCAUAAGUGCAUGGAUAGGCUUAUAAGACGAGUUCUGUGUCUAUAGACACAGACCUUGGUGUCCCAAUGACAUUUUCUUUCUGAUAGCUAUGUAUUGAUAGAAUGUAUUCUUUAUGCUCAAAACCACCUGUAAAAAACCCUUCUAGAACUAUAAAUAGAAGAGAAGGUGAGUCAAUGCCUUGACAAGGAGGGUUUGUUUUUCGGGCUAAUAGUGAGAACAUCAUCUCCAUUACUACUCAGGAGAUCGAUAUUCCAAGACUGACGGCUGGGUUUCACCUGUCAAUAGGACUCCAUAGCAGGCAUGGGGGUUUAGCUUUGCGUUGUCAACAGGGCAAGCUACGAUUCAACAGAUAGUAUAACUAGAAAUUGUGUACUCAUCAUUCAUUUGAGCUUAGACUGUGUUUUUUACAUUUCUGACAAUGUUAGUGUGUUGGUUCAGGAGAAACUUGUUGCUCGCAGCUGCAGCAACCUUGCAGACUGAAAGCAUCCUGUAUUUUAUAAAGCACUCUGCUGUGUAUAAUAACUGAUUGAAUUUCAGUGACAUGACUAACACAGGCAGGGGUUUCAAAGGGCCUUAGAGUUUCCAUGGCAACAGGCAGAAUGAGCAGACCAGGUUUCUCAUCGAGGAGGAAAUGAUUUUCAAUCCUUCUUGUUUACAUUUGCCAGCCGCCUACAGGCCUUUAUUUGUAAAGCGCUGCAUAAAUGUUUACAGCUUGCUGUGGAAAUAACACUGGUUAAAGGGAGACCUUACACCAUUUGCAUUGUCACUGUAUUUAUCUUCUAGCCUGUAAGAAUAUGUGUGUGCUCGUGUUCCUGCUUUAUGAUUUACCAUGCUUACUGACUAUUACUAUGCUUGUUAAUAUAAAUAAAUACAUGUUUUCAAUUACUGGGUCUGGCUUCUAAGAAGAUUCUGGAAAGCUGAAUUGCUGAAGUGAGCUGGUUUGAAAAAUGACCACUAGGGGUGUGCAACUGUAAUUUCUGUCCCCGAUGUUACUGUGAUUUUGCAUUGAGAGUUUCCAUUUACAAACGAUUGUUGCCAAGCUAUUUCAUCAAACGAAAGCCCUUUUCUUAAUACCACAGAUUGCUUAGACUGCAUAAGA